GUCGCGCUCUUCGACUGCGUCGGCGACGACGACGGCGAGCUCUCCUUCGCCGCCGGGGCCCUGAUCACCGUCGUCGACGCGUCCGACGACGGCUGGUGGACGGGCGACGCCGACGGGAAGCGGGGCGUCUUCCCGGCGAACUACGUCAAGGCCGCCGCGUGA